AAUAGAGUACACGGCAAAUCAAUGCAAGGCAGAAAGAGAGAGAGAGAGAGAGAGAGAGAGAUGGAAAGUAGUGAUGAGUUACCACAAGUGUUUCCGAUCAACGGUGGAGGAGAAGAUGAGAAGAACUAUCAGAGUAAUUCCUCGUUACAGCAGAAAAAGGGAGUAGACGCGAACAAUGUGUUUAUUAAGGAGGGAAUUCUGGACAAGUUGGACGUCGACCAACUCAUUGCUGCUUCACAAACUACUCCAAAGGCAUUCACCAUAGUAGACAUGGGAUGCCCUGUGGAAAUCGACGCACUCGCCGCUCUCCAAAAUGUCAUCGACACUGUCAAACUCAAAAUCGAGUCUAGUGCUGUAUAUGAACAUCUCUCCCCAAACCUCGAGUUCCAAGUCUUCAUCAACGGUCCAACCACUAGAGACUUCAACACUCUUUUCAGGUCUAUUCCGAUGAACAAGCCCUACUACGCUGCUGGAGCUCCAGGCUCCUUCUACGGACGGCUGUUCCCAAUAUCAAGCCUUCAUUUUGUAUACUCAACCUACUCUCUCCAUUGGCUCUCCAAGGUUCCAGACGGCGUAGGAGACGAAAGGUCUCCGGCCUACAACAAGGGGAAGAUAUACUGUAUGAGUUCCCCAAAGGUGGUAGCGGAUGCUUAUGAAGCACAGUUCGCUAGAGAUAUUGAGGCUUUUCUGAAAGCCAGGGAGUUGGAGGUUGUCCCCGGGGGACUAAUUGCUUUCUCUAUCGUUACUGUGCCGCCUGAUUCUAAGUGCAUUACGCCUACUUUCUUUGAGAUUUUGGGAUCUGUUCUCUUAGACAUGGCUGCUAAGGGUAUAACAAGCAAGGAGAAAGUAAACUCGUUUAACUUGCCGAUAUAUCUGGCAACCCCACCACAGCUUGUGGGUUUGAUCAAGAGAAAUGAGAAUUUUAGUAUUGAGAGAAUGGAACAACUAUGUCGUCCAAGGGAAUUGUUUUACGAAGCAGACUUUCCUGAAAAGCUCACCAUACACUACCGAGCUGUUAUGGAGAACCUCUUCAGCGAUCACUUUGGAACCGAGGUAGUCAACGUUAUGUUUGACCAGUUCAAGAACGAAGUCACAGAAACCGCUGUCUUUAUGGACUUGAGCCACAAGCAAGGGCUCGAGUCCUUUGUUCUUCUCAAGCGCAAACCUUAACAAUAAAUUUUACUAUUAUUUGCAAGGCAAUCAUUUGUAAUGAACUAUAAUUUGCUCA